CCUGUCUUCCGAACGCCUUUCAGUCGUCCACCAAAUGCCAGGUUCGUUUGCCGGAUCUGCGACCACCGGUGUUUUACUCCAUGGACACAAAGAUGUGCGGACGAGGCAGUUGGAAUCUGAGAGCACGACCACCGUGCCACCGGAGUCUAGCUUGCCCCAGAGCCCAGACUCCCUACCGAAUUUUCUGGAGCGCACCCCAGACUCCAGAUCGACAUUCGCCUGUUGAGUUGAGGGGCCAGUUUCAACUCGCCCUGCAGGGCUCGGGCAUAUAAAGCAACGUGUUUGUGCUUGUUGGAAAACAUGUCUUGGAGAAUCUAGCAUCUUCAUUUGUAACCACCACAACACCAGCUCUAGGACGCAUCAAAAUGGCAAAAAGCAACUGGUAUAUUUACUGGAUAUGCGCGGUAGCGUCCCUUGCGAACAUCUUCCAAGGGUUUGACUCAGGCAUCUACUCGAUCAUCAUCUCGGAUAAGAAGUUUGGCGACUACUUCCACCUCUCCAGUGCACGGGAAGGGGUCGUGGCUAGUAUGAUCAGCUUGGGCAAUGUCAUUGGCAAUCUCUUCGUCUCGUGGUGGUUUAUUUGGUAUGUCGGACGUCGAUUUGCCUUUAUUCUGGGCACCAUUAUCCUCCUGGUCGGUGUUGCCCUCCAAGCCGGUGCUCGCGAUUUCGCCAUGAUCGUGGUUGGCAGAAUUGUGGCCGGGAUUGGUACUGCCAUCAUCGGCACGAACCUUGCUGCAUAUCAAGCCGAAGUUUCCUCUCCCGAAAUCCGAGGUCGAGUGGUCUCCUUCGUUCAACUAUCCUACCAAGUUGGUGUCCUCAUCGCCUAUUGCGUCGGACUCGGGACCGUCAAGAUUUCCGGCAACAACUCGUGGAGAAUCGCGACUGCGCUCCAAGUGGUUCCUGGUAUCGUCUUGAUAGCAGCCUCCUUCACCAUCCCUGAAUCUCCUCGCUGGUUGGUGGAGCGCCACCCUGAGAAGCCGGAAGUGGCUUUACGGGAACUCGCCAGAAUCCGUAGACUUCCCACCGACAACGAGAGCGUCAAGCACGAAUAUGCCGAAUUGGUUGCCGCACGCGACUAUCGUCUGGAGAACGAGAACACCCAGAGUUGGUCAUACUUCCUUCGAUCAUUCCCUGUCUGGAAACGAAUUGCGUACGGUAUGACCACUAUGGCCCUCGGACAACUCUCUGGCGUCGGUGCCUUGAUGAUUUACGGCAUCCUCAUUUUCGAAGGUCUUGGUUUCUCAUCUGGAACCAUGUCGUUGCUCCUGAACGUUGUGUCGGGCGUCCUCUGCCUCGCGGCCACGGGAAUCACCACUGGAGGAGUCGACAAAUGGGGACGCAGGAUCACCCUGCUUGCUGGUUCAGCUACCAUGAUCUUGAGUUAUGUCAUCAUUGGAGCACUGUCGGAUGCAUAUCCCACGGCCACGAACUUCAACCACGGCGCCGCCAUUGCCUGCGUUGUUUUCAUCUAUGUUAUUAUGAUGGCAUACAGCGGUGCAAUGGGACCGGUCGCCUGGAUCUACGCCAGCGAGAUCUUUCCUACUCACCUUCGAGAUAAGGGUGUGAAUGUCAGCCAGGCAGGCCAACAGAUCACCACACUCUGGAUCAAUCAGGCUUGGCCAGUCAUGUUCGGCAAUGUCGGUCACAACGCGUACUGGAUCCUCGUCGGCAUCAACCUGAUCGGCUUUAUUGUGGUCUUCUUCCUCUGGCCGGAGACGAAAGGCAUCAGCCUUGAGCAUAUGGAUCAUCUCUUUGGGGAAGUCGACAAGGUUGAAGCACAGGUUCGGGCCCGAGGGCUAUCGACGGUGGAGGAAGUGAUUAUUCAAGGAGAUGAGGAGAAGGGCUCUGCGGUGAUGCAGGAAAAUGUCGAACGGAAGUGAUGGACAGCUGGGCGUCGGCAGAGUUUUCACUUGGAUCCAUGAGAAGUCAGUUUCUACCGGAUCAGGUGUUCAGUGCGAGAACUAUUAGAAGUCAUGAGAAGCUGUAUCUUUUCAUCGGACUUUCACUCA